UUCGGGUCGGACCGCGUGGGGCCGCUUCCGCUUCCGGCGCUGCCCGGCCCGUCAUGGCGGCGCCCUGCGAGCCCGGGGAGCGGCGGCCUUUCGGGAGGCGGCUCCUCACUGACCCCUCCCGGCUUUUCCAGCACAACGCCUGGGAUAAUGUGGAAUGGUCAGAAGAGCAGGAAGCCAGUGCCAGGAGUAAAGUUCAAGAAAACAGCUCACAACUAUUGCCACAAGACAAACAAGAGGAAUAUGAGGUAAAUGCUAAGAAAUACUGGGAUGACUUCUAUAAAAUCCACGAAAAUGGCUUCUUCAAGGACAGGCACUGGCUGUUCACUGAAUUUCCUGAGCUGGCACCUCACAGGAACUCAAGCCAAAAUGGAGAUUCUGUGCAUGGAUUUAGUAACAAAGAAGAAUCCAAAAAGGAAGGGCUGGGAAGCUGUGAAAUUUGCCAUUGCUCGUUGGAAACCAGGACAGAGAGACAGUUAAACCUGAUAAAAAGCCCACCUGGAGGCCACACGGAGGAGUUGGCUGCACAGAAAAGCAGUGAUGGGCAUUACCCAGGAGCAGCUGCAUCUUACCGGAUAUUAGAGGUUGGCUGUGGGGCUGGGAAUACAGUCUUCCCAAUUUUACAAACCAACAAUGACCCAGGCUUGUUCGUUUAUUGCUGUGAUUUUUCUACAGCAGCUGUGGAUCUUGUCCAGAACAAUGCAGAAUAUGAUUCUUCUCGCUGCUUUGCAUUUGUCCAUGACCUGUGCAAUGACCAAAGUCCUUUCCCAAUGCCAGAGGAGAGUCUUGACAUUGUUAUUCUUAUCUUUGUCCUCUCAGCAAUUCUCCCAGAGAAAAUGCAGUGCAUUGUGACCAGACUGAGUCGCCUUCUGAAACCAGGAGGAAUGAUCUUGUUGCGAGAUUAUGGCCGUUAUGAUCUUGCCCAGCUUCGGUUCAAGAAAGGUCAAUGUCUGUCUGAUAACUUCUAUGUAAGAGGUGAUGGCACCAGAGUCUACUUCUUUACACAAGAUGAGUUAGAUCAUCUGUUCACCACAGCUGGGCUGGAAAAAGUCCAGAAUCUGAUUGAUCGGCGAUUGCAAGUGAACCGUGGGAAGCAGAUGACGAUGUAUCGGGUGUGGAUCCAGUGCAAGUACUGCAAACCCAGCACCCUUCAGCCAUGAGGCAUGUGGACUGUGGGCUGGAGCCUCUUCAUCUCCUCCUUGGUGACAUGUGUGUGAUGCCAUUCUGCACACCCAUGACCUCAGUGCCUUGUACCAUGCCUGGCAUCACUUCAAGUGAGUUUUGCUAAGGAUCAAUGCCCUGAGAGUAGAGCAAGCAUUUUAGAUGUCAUAGAAUCACAGAAUAUACUGAGUUGGGAAGGACCUGUGAAGAUCAAGUCCAACUCCUGGCCCUGCACAAGACACCCCAACAAUUCCACCCUGUGCCUGAGCACAUUGUCCAAACACUCCUUGAGUUCUGGAAACUUUGGGCGGUGACCCAUUCCCUGAGGAACCAGUUCAGUGCCCAGCCACCCUUUCUGGGAAGAACCUUUUCCUGAUAUCCAGCCUAAUCCUCCCUGGACACAGCUGUACCAUUUUCUCAAGUCCUAUCCCUGGUCAGGAGAGUGAAGAGAUUGGUUCCUGCCCCUCUGCUAUCCCUCAGGAGAAUGUUGAAGAUCCCAGUGAGGUCUGACCUCAGUCUCCUCCAGCUGAAUAGACCAAGUGCCCUCAGCCAGUCCUCAUAUGGCUUCCCCUCAAGGCCCUUCACCAUUCUCAUGGCCCUUCUUUGGAUGGUCUCUCAUGGCCUAAUGUCUUCUUUAUAUUGUGGUGCUCAAAACUGCCCCCAGCACUGGAGGUGGGGCUGCCCCAAAGCAGAGUAGGACAAUCCCCUGCCUGACCAGGAAUGCUUUACCUAAUGCCCCAGGACACAGAUGUCCUUCCUGGUGCCAGGACGCUGCUGACUCAUGUUCAACUUGCCAUGGACCAAGACUCCCAAGUCCCUUCCUCAGCCGCUCUCAGCCUCAUUCCCCAGUCCACCCACACAUCGAGGCUUGCCCCUUCCCACAUGCAGCAUCCAGCACUUCCCCUGUUGAACUUCCCACAAUUGGUGAUGCCCAUUUCUCUGAUUUGUCAAGGUUUCUCUGGAGGCCCUCUCUGCCCCUGAGAGACUUGACAGCUCCUCCCAGUUCAGUGCAGACAGCAAACUUCCUAAGUAUUCCUUCAAGUCCUGCAUCCAGGUCAUUAAUGUGGAUGUUGAAGAGCACAGGCUUGAGAAGAUGCCCUUUAAGUGUCAUGCUACUGGUCUGCGUUUUAAAAAUUAUUUAUGGUUUUAUUCUAAGAGAUGGUCAUGGUGUCUUACAGCAGCUGAGCAAGUUGAGUAGCUACUUGCUCAUACUCUGGAUUUCCAUAUGAAACAGGAGAGCUCUGACCUUAUCUCUGUCUUGUGUACUCUUGUGUUGGCAACAAGCAUACAAAGGAUAAACCUGCUCUUCUCUGCAACUGCUCACUGAUAUGAAUCCCUUGGCCAGCUUAUCUUGUGCAGCUAUUUCCUAGUCAUUCAGGUGUGUGCCAAUCCAUGAGUUAAAAUACAUUGAUCUGAAGGCAGGAACUGAGACUAUGUGAGUCUCUCUGUACCAGCUUUCCCUAGAUGAUUCAAGGUGUGGAGAAAGCAAAUGAUGCUGUUCUGCCCUCAUUGUCCACAAGAAUGUCCUCCCAGGGAAUCAGCAAAUAAUAGCUCAGAUGCUAUAAAUUACUCUCAGGCAGGGUUCAGGUUUUCAGAAGUUUGCUGCUGAUGCCGAUUUUAGGGCACCUUCAGAGUGCAGCAGAUCAGAAGCAGCUAACAGGACCAGGGUUUAUAAAUAAUUACCUGCUUUUCCUACUGGCUGCAGCUCACAGGUCACAAACUACCCUGCCUUGGUGAUGUGCUAAACCAAAACACAUGAGACACUUUCUUUAAUCUGAAAUCUCCAGGAGGUUUAAUUUUUGCACUCUUGUUUAAUUUCUUAAGAGGAUGCCAACACUGUGGCUUGCAGAAGGGAUUUCCCUGUCUUUGACAGCAAAAGCCUUUUAGCUCAGCUUGUUUUCUUCUGUUAUUUUUAGAGUGUGGUACGACAGAUAUUAGAAUAAGUUUCAUGCUU